GGAAAAGAGAAAAUAAUGUUGACGUCUUUCUCAAAACAGAAAAAGAAAAGCUUACAUUAUCAGAAAGUACGAGAGUGGGCAAGGAUAUGCUUAAUGUUUGCUGCUAAAUUGCGGUCGUGGGCCUAUCCUCUUAUCUAUGCAUUCUAUCUCCUUAUAUCAUUAGUACAAGUUGAUGGAGCCAAUGUGGAUAUGACCAUCUUGACUGGUGCAGUGGCCAAAGGCGCAGUUUGUUUGGAUGGGAGUCCCCCGGCUUAUCAUUUCUCGCCGGGUUCUGGUUCCGGGGUGAAUAAUUGGUUGGUUCACAUGGAGGGAGGAGGCUGGUGCCGGGGUACCCAAGAAUGCCUAGCCCGAAGAGAUACCCACAGAGGCUCUUCCAAAUAUAUGAAGCCGCUGUCGUUCUCUGGGAUUUUAGGCAACGAGAAAAGCUCUAAUCCUGAUUUCUAUAACUGGAAUAGGGUUAAGAUCAGGUACUGCGAUGGUUCGUCCUUUACGGGGGAUAUUGAGACAGUUGAUCUUGCAACAAAUCUUCACUAUAGAGGUGCCAGGGUUUGGCUUGCUGUUAUCGAAGAUCUCUUAGCAAAGGGGAUGAACAAGGCUGAAAAAUGCCUCUAUCUCUCUGCCGGUCGCUGCACAGUGGCGGCUGGAGGCUUGGCAUCUAUACUGCAUUGUGAUAAAUUUCGUGAUCUCCUACCAGCAAGCACAAAAGUUAAAUGCCUUUCCGAUGCCGGUUAUUUUAUCAAUGCGAAGGAUGUUUCUGGAAAUGAUUCUAUCAGAACUUUUUAUCAAGAUGUCGUAACCACACAUGGGUCAGCAAAGAAUUUGCCAUCUUCCUGCACUUCCAGGAUUUCACCAAAUUUGUGCUUCUUCCCGCAAUAUGUAGUGCCAGAGAUGCGCACACCUCUUUUUAUACUGAAUGCAGCAUAUGAUGCAUGGCAGAUCAAGAACAUAUUGGCACCCAGUGCUGCUGAUCCCUUUAACACUUGGGACGAAUGCAAACUGAAUAUAAAGCGGUGUUCUUCGAGCCAACUUGUGACCAUGCAAGAUUUCAGGUCGGAGUUUCUAAGUGCAAUUCCAAGACAAGGGAAGUCGUCGUCGACUGGCAUGUUCAUAGACUCCUGCUACGCCCAUUGCCAGUCUGGUUCGCAGGAUACAUGGCUGGCUGCUGGUUCUCCUGUUAUUGAAAAGAUACCAAUUGCGAAAGCCGUCGGAGAUUGGUAUUUUGAUCGGGAUAUCGUUCAGAAGAUCGAUUGCCCUUAUCCUUGCAACCCAUCAUGUCACAACCGUGAGGAUGAUUCCGUCCAGGAUUAGUCAUAAUUUGUAGCUCCAGCCAUCAGCGCAAGGGUGGCCUACAGAUCCAAACCCAAAACAAACAUCCGCAGGAGUACAAGCACGGUGCUCAUCAAUUUGCUAACGGUUAUUGGAACAGAUAGUUAAAAUAGUAAAAUUAAUAUCAAUUUCUGCUCUUAAUUAUAAUCCUUUGAUUUGCCCUUUGGUGUGCUAUUAA